GAGCUGAAGAGCAUCAAAGUGGUGCGAGCUCUCCGCUUGCUGAAGCUGAUGAGGAUGCUUAAGUCAUCCAGGCUGCUUCACAAACUGGAGAUUGCACUCUCCAUCCCCUACCAGCACUUCGCGCUGAUCAGAUUUCUGUUUGGCUUGGUUUUGGUUUGCCACUGGUUAUCAUGCUUUUGGGCCAUGUGCUUGCACCUUGUCAACGAUGACAUCCCAAAGUGGAUCGAUGGCAUCGCGGCAUCGGACGCCCGCUUCGGCAUUGAAACCAGCCCGAUACGAGUGUACAUUGCGUCUUUCUAUUUCUGCAGCUACACCAUGACCUCGGUGGGCUAUGGAGACCUGGGUCCUCAAAACCUCCUCGAGCGCAUCGUUUGUACCAUCAUCGUCCUCGUUGCAGGCCUGUGCUGGGCGCAGAUAUUGGGAGAGGUGUGUGCCAUCUCCUCUGACAUGAAUGCCGAGACGUCUGCAUUCCGAAAGAAGAUGAACAGCUUGAACAUGAUGAUGCAGGAGCAGGGACUCCCACAUGAUCUGCGACGGCGCCUCCGCAGCUUCUUCCUGCAGAACCGACACCAAGCGCAGUAUGUUGUGCGACAAAAGCUUCUGGACAACAUGAGCCCACAGCUCCAAUCAGAGGUGUGCACGGAGAUGAACCUGCCCUGGAUCCAGAAAGUGACAUUCUUCUCGCAGUUUAUGGCACAGAUCGAGAUCGCUGAGAGCCGCGGCAUCGACACAGACCCUUAUCGCGUCUGCAUUGCCGACACCUCCAGGCAGCUGCGUUGUGGAGCGUUUGCCCAGCGAGAGAGCUUUGACAACAUCCAGGUCUUGUAUAUUCUCUCAAAGGGCCUCGUAGUUCUGAACAGCAAGGUUGGCACAAAUGGCACAGUUUGGGGCGAGGACUUCGUCCUCUCUGACACAAGCCUCAUCAGACCUGUCGGUGGCUUUGCAUUGACGUACAUUGAGGUUCUCUUUCUCACCAGGGAGAGCUUCAUGCAGGUUAUCGAGCGCCGACGACUGACGUGCCCCCAGCUUGGGCGGAUCGUGAGAAGAUAUUGCAUCCGUGUGGCUGUCCGACGCGGCGUGAUCUAUGAAGCGAAGCGGAUCGCAAGACAGCGGCGGCGAGAAGAGAGGCAACGCCGAAUGGAAGAGCAAGGCGACGUUCCCAGUAGCAUCGAGGUGCCUCCAGUGCCCCCGGAGCAACAGGACGUCAGCUGCCCUUCGCAGUCAUUGCCAGGCAUGCCGGAGGUAAGGGCAGGCGCGCUGUGCUAG